GAUUCAAGAAAGAUUCAUAAAACACCACCGCAUAGCAAUGCAGCUAUUACAAUGAUCUAUUUGGGGAAAACCGUGCACCUGUCUCAUGAUCACCCAGACUUUCGGGAUGAAAUAAAAGUUUAUCAACAGCAUUGUGGUGGGGAAAACCUUUGUGUCUACAAAGGCAAACUACUUGAAAAAGAGACCUUUCAGUUUGUUUCCAAAAGGCACCAUGGUUUCCCCUUCAGUCUCACCUUUUUUCUGAAUGGGAUGCAGGUGAACAGGUUAAGCUCCUGCUGUGAAUAUAAGCAUCGGAAAGGUUCCAGACUUGGAGGCAAACGAGGCUACUUCGGGUUUGUGUGCGUGCAGAGAUCAUCUCCUUGUUACAAGUGCAUUAUUGCAAUGGGCCUUGACAAAAAUCCAACUUCACCAAAGCCUAAGAAAGAAAAGAGUAUGGAGAAAAGAGAAGAACUGAAGAAGGGUGAGGGGAAACUGCGGAAGGAUGGAGGGUACAUGAUACCGAGGAGUGAGAUGGAGGGGAAUAAAACCACUUCAGUCAUUUUUUCAGCUCAAGAAGAAAAAACAGGGAUCGUAGAAGUGAGAACAGCUGUGGAAGAAAUGGAACUUAAAGGAAAACCAGGACAAGAUGUUUGGGAAGAUGCCCAGGAAAAUAUAUUUAAAUACGAAUAUGAAGAAGAUUUUGAAGUAGAUGAGGAGAAACAAGAUGAGAAAGCUAAUGAAGAAGGACAGGCUGAUGAUCAAAUGAAUGAGAUGUCAAAGUCACCCUCAGAUGAUGAAAAAGAUCAUUUAGACCCUGAAAAGGAGAGUGAAACCUCAUCGCAGAAGGCAGCAGAUGCUGAUGACAAUAUGAAGGAUGAAGGGGAUGGAUGCUGUGACAGUGAGCUGGAGGAGGAUAAACAAGGCAAGUUGUUUCCCAGGUCAUGUGACAUGGGCUGUUCAGCAAGUGUGCUCACUCCUUUUCUUUUCUUUAUAUUUAAUGGGAUGAUCCUCUUUUAA